UAGAAAGCAACGGCACAACGCUUUGUAGGUGAAGGUCGCCUCGUCCAGCUCCUCUCCUCUCCUCUCCUCUUCUUCUAGCCGCCUCUAUAAAUCAAGCACGACUCGUCCUCGGCGGCAACGUACUGCCCUCCACUCACUCUUGGUCCGGCCGGCGCCUCACAAGUCAGAAAGAAUGGCGACCAAGGCGGUGGACCUCCGCUCGGACACGGUGACCAAGCCCUCGGAAGCCAUGCGCGCCGCCAUGGCCGCGGCGGACGUGGAGGACGACAUCCUGGGCUCGGACCCGACGGCGCGCCGCUUCGAGGCGGAGAUGGCCCGGAUCAUGGGCAAGGAGGCCGCGCUGUUCGUGCCGUCCGGCACCAUGGCCAACCUCAUAUCCGUCCUCGUGCACUGCGACACAAGGGGCAGCGAGGUCAUCCUCGGCGACAACUCCCACAUCCACGUCUACGAGCACGGCGGCAUCUCCACCCUCGGCGGCGUCCACCCCAAGACCAUCCCCAACGACCCCGACGGCACCAUGGACAUCGAUAAAAUCGUUGCCGCCGUCAGGAGUCGGGAUGGGUCGCUCUACUAUCCCAUCACCAGGCUCGUGUGCUUGGAGAACACACAAGGAAAUUGUGGAGGAAAGUGUCUGUCUGUGGAGUACACCGACAAGGUUGGUGAAGUUGCUAAAACCCAUGGCCUCAAGCUUCAUAUUGACGGAGCUCGUAUUUUCAAUGCCUCGGCGGCACUUGGGGUUCCUGUUGAUAGACUUGUGAGGGCUGCUGAUUCGGUUUCGGUAGGCCUAGCAAAAGGGAUAGGUGCUCCUAUUGGAUCAGUUAUUGUCGGUUCCAAGGCCUUCAUACACAAGGCUACAAUUCUUAGGAAGACACUAGGUGGUGGCAUAAGGCAGGUAGGAAUUCUUUGUGCUGCGGCCGAAGUUGCAGUCCGCGACACCGUGGGCAAGCUUGCGGACGACCAUAGGAAGGCUAAAGUCUUAGCAGAUGGACUGAAGAAAAUUGAACAUUUUACAGUUGAUUUAGCUUCAGUGGAGACCAAUUUGGUAUUCUUUGAUAUGGCGGAUGCACGCAUAUCACCUGCUAAAUUGUGUCAAAUUCUGGAACAACGCAAUGUGCUUGCAACGCCAAUAGGCUCCAAGAGUGUCAGACUUGCGGUACACUACCAAAUUUCAGACGGUGAUGUCCAAUAUACUUUGAAAUGUAUUGAGGAAGCCGUGGAGGAAAUUCUGACAUGCGAUGCUAAACUGGAUCAUCUGACGAACGGCGCUACCACGAAUUCAUAAGGGCACUAGUUGCUGGCUAGGCCA